AUGACGCAGAUGAAAGUAACAGUCGGCGUCCUGGCACUCCAGGGCGCUUUUGAAGAGCACCUGAAGUUGCUGCAAAGGGCGACAACCUUGUUCUCAAGCCGUCAUGGCACCGCCAAGCAAAUCCCCGAGUUCGAAUUUCUCGAGGUCCGAACGCCGGACCAGCUGGCCCGGUGCGACGGCCUCGUGAUACCGGGUGGUGAAAGCACCACGCUAGCGUUUGUGGCCAGGCAGACCAACCUGAUGGAGCCCCUGAGGCAUUUUGUCAAGGUCGACCGCAAACCAACCUGGGGUACCUGCGCAGGCCUGAUCCUGCUCGCAGACGAGGCCACGGGCGCGAAAAAGGGCGGCCAGGAGCUCGUGGGCGGCCUGCACGUCCGCGCUCACCGCAACCACUUUGGUCGGCAGGUGCACAGCUUCCAGGCCGAUCUCGAUCUGCCCUUCCUUGACGGCAAAGCUGGCUCAGGUUGCAGCGAGGGUCAUGAUUCCGCCGCGGCGGCGCGGCCUUUUCCUGGCGUCUUCAUCAGGGCGCCCGUCGUCGAGACCAUCUUGUCCGACGCCGCUGCGGGCGACAGAGAUCGUGUAGAGGUGUUGGGGACCGUGGCGCGGGGUCAGGAUCAGAAUGACAAGGACAUCAUUGCAGUCAGGCAGGGCAACGUGUUUGCCACGAGCUUCCACCCGGAGCUGACGGACGAUGCGCGGAUACAUCUGUGGUGGCUGGAGCAGGUGGUUGAUAGCAUGCAAGGGAGGUGA